UGUUGCUCUAGUAAAGUAUUCUACAUUCUUGGUGUUUAGUAAUAUUAACUACUUGAAAAAAUGAAUUUGAAAAGUAUAAUUUUUAUUGUAGCCACCAUAUUUUUUAUAAUGAUGUCGGGUGUUACAGCUCCAGCUCCAAUAGCUCCUGACACGAAGGACCAUGUUCCCCCUCUUAUUGAUGUUGGAAACACUCUACCCACUGUUCUAAAUCCAGUUGCACCCCAUGUCCCUGAAACUCCUGACACGAAGGACCAUGUUCCCCCUCUUGUUGAUGUUGGAAACACUUUACCCACUAUUCCAAAUCCAGUUGCGCCCCUUGUCCCUGAAACUCUUGACACGAAGGACCAUGUUCCCCCUAAAUAACGGUAGUUCAAUUUACCAACAAAGCUGCAGUAUCCAAGAUCAGUUUCACAUUUUGAAAAUACAUAUGCUUAUUAAUACAUUUUUUUUGUAAAAUCAUCAUCUUUAUUUAUCAUAAUUAUUAUGUUUCAACCUUUAGAUUUUUCAAAUAACAAUGUAUUCUAAAAACAUAUUCUGUUUUCUAUCAUAUAAAUUAUAUCAUGUCUUAUACCAUAUAUUAAUAAAAACAAUAUUCGUCGAAUAA